CUGUCCUUAUUCUCCCCGAGAAAAACCGUUACCACAGGAACGCAAAAGACACCAACAAAACCAACAAUAAAAAAUAAUGUCAUGCCAGGAUAACAUUGUUGCCAGUCAUUUCCUGAUGGAUUCUUUGAUGGGAGGAUCAUCUUCUUCCUAUAGAGGCGAGGGCUUCUCCGGCAGCAACCCAGGAAUGUACAUCCACUCGGCUGCAUCUGAGUAUGGAUGCUCAAUGAUGAGACAUUUUGGAGUAGUUGGAUCGCCCCUUCCCAAAAAAGACGAGGUUCCUCCGAGUAGCCACCCUCUCGGCUCCUACCAAGAUGCGCUUUACCUGUCAUCCCAACUGGGCACUUGGACCUCUGUUUCUAAAACUAACAGUGACGAGCAACCUGUUGCCCAGUCCAGUUUACAACCGUGUUCGUUUCCAAUCGACAACGUCAAAAAGGAGGCGUUCUGUUGUCUGUAUCAGGGUGACAGUAGCAGCAGGGCUAAUACGGACAAUACAGAGUCGGCUACUUACAUUCGGCUUGGGAACAAUAGCAGCAGCCAGACGGACCAAACCGCUGUCUCGGAGGUGUCCGAAUGUUAUGGAGGAGUAAGACGGGUAUACCCAGGAGAGAGCAGGGGACAGCGAGAGGAGCAGUUCGGGACAGGGUUUGCGUCUUUGGCCCCGGUGACGACAUCUGUUGAAUCACCAAGAGAAUCAACGGUUAACAAAUCUACGCAGGAGAAAGUUAGCGAGGAAACAGGCAUCGAAGAGGAAGAACAGCGAAAGCGCAAGAAAGAAGAGAGUGCAAAGACUGACAGUUGUUCUGAUAACUCUGACGAAUUGAAAGAUGAUUUUACAUUGGAAAAUGCUCCAGGAAACUGGUUAAAAGCCAAAACUGGACGGAAGAAGAGAUGCCCGUACACGAAGCAUCAGACGCUCGAGCUGGAAAAGGAGUUCUUGUUUAACAUGUAUCUGUCUCGCGAGCGCCGUCUGGAGAUCAGUAAGAGUAUCGAUCUGACCGAUAGACAGGUAAAGAUCUGGUUCCAGAACCGAAGGAUGAAGCUCAAGAAACUCAAUAGUGAAAGUCGGGGUCGGGAUCAUCUUAUGGCGGCCUACAACUUCACCUGAAAUGAUAUUAUCUAUAAAACCCUUCCAUUUACAC